ACUCAGCCCGCUCUGCGGGGUUUGAAGGGUGGCGGGCGGCGGGCUCGGGGUGGUUUCCUAGUCGGACUUCGGCUCCGGCCCCGCACCCCAGAGAAGGCCAGUCCACCGAGGAGGAGCGGGGUUUAUCUCCAUUGCCGCCGCUGCCCUUUUCGCCUUCGGAGCUCUCUCGGGGUACCCCACAUUUCCAGGGGUCGGGAGCUCGAGGGGCGCUCUUGGCCCUCCGGCUCCUGCUCUUCAGCCUGCGCCGCGAGCGGCCGCCGAGACCUCGCCAGGCGUGACGGGCUGGGCCUGCACCCCGCGUGCGGGACCGUCUCCCGUGGCCCCAGUGCCCCGGCGGGAAGAGUGCCGUAGGCGCCCGUGGCUGGAGCAGUGGAGGUGUCCACCUGGCGAGUGCGGCCGGAACACCGGUCACUGUUAAGUUUUCUGUGCGCACGUUGCAAGGUCCGAGUGUGAGUCUGAGUAUGGAUUUCGUACCAGGAUCCACUCUUGAAGUUUACCUCAGUAACUUCAGGAAACAUUGGUGAUUUGUGACUCUGGGACUACAUAUACUGGAAGAGUCGUUACAUCUAGUUAGGCUAAUACUUGAAGAUAUGACCUUGAUGGGCACAGAAACUGCAUGGAAGUAAAGAAAAUUUAAGGUAUAAUUUGGCCUCCCGAGAUUCUGUCUUAGCACGAAGAAAGUGAAAAAUACUCUUGAAAAGAAAACUAAGACAAUAAGAAAGCAAGACUUGCUUUUACAUGGUUGUCAGCUCACUUACCAAUAUGGACACUUUUCCCACCAUUUUUCCUCCUGGUGGAGACAGUGGGCUGACAAGUUCUCAAUCUGAGUUCCAAAAAAUGUUAAUUGAUGAACGGUUACGAUGUGAACAUCAUAAAACUAAUUAUCAGACUCUGAAAGCUGAACACACAAGGUUGCAGGAUGAGUACAUAAAGUCACAAAAUGAGCUCAAGCGCCUAUUAAAUGAAAAGCAAACUCACCAGGAAAAAUUUCAGCUGCUGCUUGAAGAGCUACGAGGGGAGUUAGUAGAGAAAACUAAAGACUUAGAAGAAAUGAAGCUGCAGGUAUUAAGUCCACAAAAGUUGGAAUUGUUACGAGCUGAAAUACAACAAGAACUAGAAGCUCCAAUGAGAGAAUGUUUUAGGCAUCUGGAUGAAGAAGUAGAAAAGUAUAGAGCUGAAUAUAAUAAACUUCGCUAUGAGCAUACAUUUCUCAAAUCAGAAUUUGAACACCAGAAAGAAGAAUGUGCACGUAUUUUAGAAGAAGAAAAAAUAAAAUAUGAAUCAGAGAUUGCAAGACUGGAGAAAGAUAAAGAAGAACUACAUAACCAGCUGCUUAGUGUUGAUCCCACAAGAGACAGCAAACGAGUGGAGCAACUUGUUCGAGAAAAAGUCCAUUUGUGUCAGAAAUUAAAAGGUUUAGAGGCUGAAGUAGCAGAAUUGAGAGCUGAAAAAGAAAAUUCUGGUGCUCAGGUAGAAAAUGUCCAGAGAAUUCAGGUGCGGCAGUUGGCUGAGAUGCAGGCUACAGUCAGAUCCCUGGAGGCUGAAAAACAGUCAGCUAAACUACAGGCUGAACGCUUGGAAAAAGAGCUACAAUCAAGCAGUGAACAAAACACUACUUUAAUUAGUAAAUUGCAUAAAGCUGAACGGGAAAUAAAUACAUUGACCAGUAAAGUAAAAGAACUUAAACAUUCAAACAAACUAGAAAUAACAGACAUCAAACUGGAGGCAGCAAGAGCUAAGAGUGAGCUAGAAAGAGAAAGGAAUAAAAUUCAAAGUGAACUGGAUGGAUUACAGUCAGACAAUGAAAUUCUCACAUCAGCUGUUGAACACCACAAAGUGCUUUUAGUAGAAAAGGACCGUGAAUUAAUACGUAAAGUACAAGCUGCCAAAGAAGAAGGUUACCAAAAACUUGUGGUAUUACAAGAUGAAAAGCUAGAACUUGAGAGCAGAUUAGCGGAUUUAGAGAAAAUGAAAGUGGAACAUGAUGUCAGGAGGCAAUCUGAAAAGGAUCAGUGUGAAGAGAGAUUGCGAGCUUCACAGAUGGCAGAAGAGUCGGCCAGGAGGGAACUUCAGAGUAUUAGGUUAAAACUUCAACAACAAAUUGUGAAUAUUGAAAAUGCAGAGAAAGAAAAAAAUGAAAAUUCUGACCUGAAACAGCAAAUCAGUAGUUUGCAGAUCCAAGUGACCUCACUUGCACAGUCAGAGAAUGAGUUGCUGAAUUCAAACCAAACACUGAAGGAAAUGGUGGAGAGGUUAAAACAGGAAUGCCGAAAUUUAAGAAGCCAAGCUGAAAAAGCACAACUAGAAGUUGAAAAGGCAUUGGAAGAGAAGCAAAUACAGUGGUUGGAAGAAAAGCAUAGGCUUCAUGAACGUAUCACUGACAGAGAAGAAAAGUAUAAUCAAGCUAAGGAGAAAUUGCAGCGAGCUGCAAUUGCCCAAAAAAAGAGAAAAUCUCUCCAUGAAAACAAGUUGAAGAGAAUGCAGGAAAAGGUAGAAGUCUUGGAGGCAAAGAGAGAAGAAUUAGAAACAGAAAAUCAGGUGUUAAAUAGACAAAAUGUUCCAUUUGAAGAACAUACAAGGCUUCAAAAAAGACUAAAGGAUAUACAGAGAAGACAUAAUGAAUUUCGAAGUUUAAUUUUGGGUCCUAACAUACCUUCAACAGCAUCCAUCAAUCCUGGAAGCUUUCAGUCACCAACUGUGAUUCCAGGCAUGGAACUAUCCUUUCCUCCUCAUAUGCAGGUGUUGCAGGCCUGAAUAAAAGAGGCACUGAGGCCACUGCCUAACGGUUAUUUUCCCACCAGUUUUUCUAAGUCUUUUUUGGUGUGCUUUUUCUUUUCUUUUUUUUCCCUCUUUCUGUGCUUUUAAGGAGGAGCAGCAUCAAAGAGAACUCUCUCUACUUCGCAAAAGACUAGAAGAACUAGAAACAACACAAAGAAAACAACUAGAGGAACUUGGAUUUCCUGGGGAAUGAUUUUCUUGGAGAAAAGGCAGAUCAAAAGGGAUGAAAUCAGUGACUCAAUAAGGCUUGAAGUUUUAACGUAUGUGGUAUUUAGAUACUUUAUUACUGUUUGCCAAAACACUUGAAUGUGCCUCAAGAGAAGGUACCAGUACAUGAUGUAUUGAAUGAAUGUCAGGAUUUUAGGGUUAUACUAAUGAUAAGUGAAGCACUAAAGCAGCUUCAGAGAUAUUUAGAAUAUUAUUGACAACCCUUUGAGAAUGUGAAAUAAAUGAAUAAAAGGAACUCAUUAGGGAAUCAAGUUUUUAAAUUAUUUUAUUAAUCUUACUUUGUUGAAUUUUUUGGCAUUUUGCCUAAACAUGCCCAUCUUGAAUUCCCUCUUCCUCUUCUUUGAGAUGCUUGGCAAUAACAGGGUCAGUGAACAUUUUCUGGUUUACUAUAUAUGAGUUAUAAACCUCUAGUUCUUGAAAAACGACAGUUUUAAAGUUAGUAUAAAAAAUAAGAUCUAGAUAUAUAUUAUAAAACACUACCUUUUCUAAAAGCUGUGUGCACAUAAUUUAUUAAAGAGCUUAACAUUUUUCUAACUGCAUUGUUUUGUGUUUAAUUUUGUUUUAACCAUACAGUGUAGAAGAUCUCACU